UCCUUUGCCUUCUUUGUCCUCCUACUUGCCUUCGUUGCCCUCCUACUUUUCUUCGUUGCCCUCCUACUUUUCUUCGUUGCCCUCCGUUGCCCUCGUACUCUCGAAGUGAAUUCCGAGGGGACGAGGCCAAUCCUUGACUUCGGCGUAAACCAAGGAAGAAGGCUAUUCAUAAUUCAACCCUCGUGCAUCUGCGUUAUCAAGAGACAAGGAGAGAGUAAUGCACUCGACCGGAACACUAUUUGCCGAUGCUCUGGAUGCAAGAGAUCCAGAUUUUGACUUGCUAAAAGAUGUAUUUCCCCUUGAAGCAGAGUUUGAAAGGUGCCUAUGUCCGUGCUGCUGUGCGAUACCCAUGCAGAGUCUAGACAUUGUUGAGGACCAAGGUGAUUUCAUUUUGAACGACUCGUGUAGUCAGCCUUUCCAUGGUCUUCUGCAACAAGAACUCGACCGCGAUAUGGAGGAGGAAGGUAUCGUGCAAGAUGAGCAGGAAACCUCGGACGAAAAUGAGAGCAGCUCGCAGCCUUGUGCAGAGAUGAAAUCGAAGCAAUAUAAAGAGAUUGCUGAGAUGAAGAAAGGGAGAUCGUGGACCGAGAAUCAGAAGAAGAAGCACAAGUCAGCUUGCAAGGGGAAGAGGAGGUUGACACUGGCUCAGAAGCUUGAGAUCGUGAGGAUGCAGGAGUCUUCUAGUCCAGGAGACAAGAAGACACAGGCUCAGAUCGCUGAGAUGUAUGGAAAAUGUAGAUCUGCCAUCUCAAAGAUCCUGCAUCCAAGAAACAUUGCCAAGAUCAAGAAGUCGCUGAACAUUGGCGUCGACCUGACGAUUCGUCGAUGCUCAGCUGUGACAGAGUUCGAGAAGAGAUUCCUUGAGUCGUUGGGCGAGGAGGAUCGCAGGAUUUUGAUGUCUGGGAUGCCGUGCAACGAUGAGAAAUUGUGUGUAAGAGCUAACCUGCUCGCUAAGGAGAUGGGGACUGUUGGCUUCGAGGCGAAUCCUGGAUGGCUGUCACGUUUCGUAAAGCGACACUUGGCGGCGAUGAGGGUAUGA